GACUGACGCACACACGCACAGUGCGCCCACACGCGCGCGCCCACAGAAGCAGCAGCCGAAGCAUCCUCCGCGCCUCCUCCUCCUCCCUGCGCUCGUCAUCAUCAUCUUCACCUUCACGCGAGCGGCAUGAGGUGGUCCGGCUGCUAGGAGCUCGUCGCGUCCCCUCCCACCCCCGGCCCCAGCAUGCUCUUCGACACCUUCGACCUGCUGUCUGCGCUGGCCGCGCUGGCGGCGUGCGCGCUGUGCGUAGCGCUGCUGCUCGCCGUGUCACAGCAGCUGUGGCAGCUGCGCUGGACCGCCACGCGGGACAAGAAGUGCAAGCUGCCCAUGCCCAAGGGCUCCAUGGGCUUCCCUUUCAUCGGCGAGACGUGCCACUGGCUCCUGCAGGGUUCGAGUUUCCACGCCUCGCGGAGACAAAAGUACGGCAACGUGUUCAAGACGCACCUGCUGGGCCGCCCGCUGAUCCGUGUGACGGGCGCCGAGAACGUGCGCAAGGUGCUGAUGGGCGAGCACACGCUGGUGACGGUGGACUGGCCGCAGAGCACCGCUGCCCUGCUCGGACCCAACUCGCUCGCCAACAGCAUUGGCGACAUCCACCGCAAGAGGAGGAAGGUGUUUGCCAAAGUGUUCAGCCAUGAGGCCUUGGAGUCGUACCUGCCCAAAAUCCAGCAGGUGAUUCAAGAGAGCUUGCGAGUGUGGAGCUCCAACCCCGAGCCCAUCAAUGUCUACAGGGAGAGCCAGAGGUUGUCCUUCACCAUGGCCGUGAGGGUGCUUCUGGGAUUUCGGGUCUCCGAGGAGGAGAUGAAGCACUUGUUCUCCGCCUUCCAGGACUUUGUCAACAAUCUCUUCAGCCUACCCAUCGACAUGCCCUUCAGCGGCUAUAGGAAGGGUCUGCGAGCUCGCGACAAGCUGCAGAAGAGCAUCGAGAAAGCCAUCAGGGAGAAGCCGCUGUGUACGCACGGCAAAGACUACAGCGACGCUCUGGACGUCCUCAUGGACAGCGCCAAGGAGAACGGCGCCGAGCUCACCAUGCAGGAGCUCAAGGAGUCCACCAUCGAGCUGAUCUUCGCCGCCUUCGCCACCACGGCCAGCGCCAGCACCUCCCUCAUUAUGCAGCUCCUGCGCCACCCGCCGGUCCUGGAGCGCCUACGGGAGGAGCUGAGGGGGCGGGGCUUCCUCCAUAACGGCCGCCUGUGCCCCGAAGGCGAGUUGCGUCUGGACACCAUCGUCAGUCUCAAGUAUCUGGACUGCGUCAUCAAGGAGGUCUUGAGGCUCUUCACGCCCGUCUCAGGGGCUUACCGGACCGCCAUGCAGACCUUUGAACUUGACGGGGUGCAGAUUCCAAAAGGCUGGAGCGUGAUGUACAGCAUCCGAGACACCCAUGACACGUCGUCUGUCUUCAAGGACGUGGACGCCUUCGACCCCGACCGCUUCAGCCAGGAGCGCGGCGAAGACAAAGAGGGGCGCUUCCACUACCUGCCCUUCGGCGGCGGCGUGCGUUCCUGCCUGGGCAAGCAGCUGGCCACGCUCUUCCUCCGCCUCCUGGCCAUCGAGCUGGCCAGCACCAGCCGCUUUGAGCUGGCCACGCGACACUUCCCCCGCGUGAUCACCGUGCCCGUGGUCCACCCGGUGGACGGGCUGAAGGUCAAGUUCUACGGCCUGGACUCCAACCAGAACGAGAUCAUGGCCAAGUCGGAGGAGCUGCUCGGAGCCACCGUGUGAAGGCGUCGAUGGGGGCGAUUGAAGGAGGGAAAAGAAGGACGCCACAUUUUCGGACUAAUAGGAACAUUUUUUUUUCAUCUCCUGUUCCGACGGAAGAGGAAUAAGCUGCCAUAAGGAUUCUGCUCUCAACUUAACAAAAAAGUGAUGGAAUAUCUUGGGAAUGCAUCGAGGGGUGCCGGGGAAAUGAGGUGUUAGGCAAGGUGGAUCAAACAGGGUAUCGGAGAACAGGAAGCAAAGGCUUUGGGGAAUUUGCUUCAUCCAAAUUGGUCAAUCAUCGGAGCAGGGUAAACAGGGGUGACAAAGAUCCAGUCGUCCGGACGCAAAAAAAAAAAUCAAAAGUAAAAUGUGAGCUAAAGUGUCGAGUUCAACUGCAUUCCCAAUGACUGAAAAUCACCUCGGUCUGGCUUCGGAAAUGCCUUUGGAAAGUUCGCUGCCUCCCAGCCUCCCCAUUGGCUAAAUCUCCCCGCCUGCUCAUUUCCGACAUUAUUUCAUUGGAAAGUCGCCGAAGAGGGAGCGCGUCGGAAGCAAACGAGCACCCGCUGCUUCCGAUGUACAUCGCUCACAGCUAGCAUCGCAAACACCGGCGAGUGAUGAACACAAAAAUGGCCCACUUGACAUGUAAACGCUGCUCGUCCUUGUCUUGUCGUCGUGUUCGUUCUUGAAUGUCGCUCCCGCUUUGAUGCUCCUCGCAAGCACGUCGAUAAAAAUAAAAGAAAAUCAUUCCAUCCCGGCGUCCCUCAAACCAACCAAAAGCCCGAGCGGCGCGGACCAAUGAGGUUUGAGGGGCGGGGCACGGGGAACGACCAAUAGCGUGGCUCGCCGUCCUGUCUUAACACACCACUGACUUGUUCAGGAAAACACAUGACGAGUAUUCUCUUUGCUGCUUCUUUGUGGACGUCGUCUCACGGAGACGUUGAGAUGUCCAAACGUGUUUGUUUUUGUCAAACUCACUUUGUCUCACGAGAUACACGUUAGUGAGCGCGAGCUAGCUAACUAGCUUGCUAGCGCAAUCAAUGAAACUAAUCAACGGUCAAGUACGUACAGUACACACGCGUCAGUAUCUAAUUUGAAGGUCUGCAUUUUGUAUAAAUCAACACAAAAAAAAACAGCGUUCACAUGCUACUGUUUGAAAUCGUGUCAUACUCAAGCAAGCUCGCAAACCGCGGGAAAAAAAAAUCAGCUAUCGACUAAUAACCUAACAUUAUAAUGUUAUUAUUGUUGUUCUACUUUUUAUUCUACCACAGAGUGAUUUUAGUUUUGAGCCGAAAUGAAAAAAAAA